AUGACCAAGAUUGCCAUCGUGUACUACUCCACCUACGGCCACGUUGCCAAGCUCGCCAACGCCGCCAAGAAGGGCAUUGAGUCCGUCGGUGGAGUCACUGCCACUAUCUACCAGGUGCAGGAGACCCUCCCGGAAGAAGUGCUGACCAAGAUGCACGCCCCUCCCAAGGGAGACCACCCCAUCGCCACCAUCGACACGCUCAAGGAGGCCGACGGUAUCCUCUUCGGUUUCCCGUGCCGUUUUGGCUCGAUGCCGGCGCAGGUCAAGGCGUUCUUCGACUCGUGCGGUAGCCUCUGGGCGACGGGUGCGCUGGUGGGCAAGACCGGCGGUCUCUUCUUUAGCACAGGCACUCAAGGCGGUGGCCAAGAGACGACCGCGUUCACGGCGGUGACAUUCCUGGCGCACCAAGGACUGACGUAUAUCCCUCUGGGAUACCGUGGCAAGGAACUGCUCAACAUGGACGAGAUGCACGGCGGCUCUCCGUGGGGUGCUGGUACUCUGGCCAAGAGCGACGGAUCUCGUCAGCCGUCGGAGCUGGAGUUGGCCCUGGCCACCACGCAGGGCAAGUCCUUCGCCGAAGUGACGAAGAAGCUGGCGGCUUAA